AUGGUGCACAGCGUCAGAACAGACCUCCACCGCAACACGAACGAUUCUUUCGCCAUGGAAACUAAAGUUCAUCGCCUUGGCAAUGCGCCAGAUAUGACAGUCACUUCUAUAUCAAGCAAUAGGCUAUCACUUGACGAUAUUUUGAUGACAAAAACAUUGUUUGCUAUUAUUUUUGCUUUCUUUGUAUGCUGGACCCCUCUUUAUAUCAUCACAGCUAUAGAUACAGCGAAUGGAGCGUUUGAUCUUCCUAGGCAAGCAUACUUUUUUGCCACGUACCUAGUUGGGCUAAGUAGUAUUAUCAAUCCUCUGAUAUUCGGAUACAUGAACGUUACGUUCAGAGAAGAAUGCAAAAUGCUCAUAAAAGCGAUGGGAUUGAAGAGGCCUGGUCAAGUAAGAGCGGUCGAUAAUUAA